AAUACUGUUCUUAUAAAUAUAUAUUUUGCUUACAUUGGGUUCGUGUUUGUAGUAUGAUUACUGGGCAGAGGAAACCGAAAGGACCCUGAUGUAAAUGCAGGCGGAAAGAGCCGAGCCCGGAGUGGAGCGUUAGCUUAGCUUAGCCGGUUUGUUUGGGUAGUGCUGUGCUAAGAGGCGAAACUGUGACAAUUCGAAGUAGAAGAGCAUCAGAUCCGUAAAACAUUACCUUACUAAACCAGUUAGAUUCUGGCAAACGUAAACCAGUAAAAUGUUAAAUGAGUAAAUCGGCAGAUCAGCCAGUUUCGUUAGUUUUUGUGUUUAUUUUCUCCUGUUGUCCGUUGUGAAGCUUUAGGGUCGCAGUCAUGAACAUUCUGCCAAAGAAGAGCUGGCACGUGCGCAAUAAGGACAACAUAGCGCGCGUUCGGCGUGAUGAAGCGCAGGCCGCCGAAGAGGAGCGCGAGAUCCAGCGGCGAGCGGAGCGCGCGGAGCAAGAGGCUCGGACGGAAUAUCUGAGGAAGAAGUCCCGCGUGGCCCUCGAGCAGCGAGGAGGAUACAGAGAGGAGGGAGAGCAGAGUGGAGGUUCAGGAGGGAUUGAACACCUCAACUUAUUUCCUUUGGAGGAGUCUUCGGAAAAGAAGGGCAAUGCAGAAUAUCUUAAAGAGAAAAGGGAGGAAAAGGAGAAACAGGAGCGUGCCAUUGGCCUGUUGGUAUCCCUUGGUCCUGCCCCUGGAACAGAAGCUACACCCUGGUAUCUGAAGCACAGAGAAAAGGAGAAAGAGGAGGAUAGAGAUAGAAAGGAGAAGGGCAAAAGGAAGAGCAUAACAGAAGAGGAGAGAGAGAAGAAAGAGCGGAAGUUAAAGGAGAGGCUGGACCCUCUUUUGGACAUGAAGAAAGCCCUGGCAGUGAAAGACAGAAAGGAGAAAAAACACAAAAAGAAAGAAAAGAGAGAUAGAGGGGAGAAGAGGAGUGGAGAAAGCUCGAUUGAAAGGUUGCGUGCCGAACGGUUGCAGAGAGAAGCGGAUGAGAGGAGACGAACACAAGCGCUACUGGAUCAGAGGAAUGGAGGGGGGGAGGAGGGAAAAAGACAGAAGGAAAUGGGUGACCGAGACAGACCAUACAACAGUGCCUACUUCCCUGAGCUGGCACGCAAAAGGCAGAGAAAGGAGAGAGACCAGUACGACUUCUGCUAGCUUUCACAUUUAUUUUUCUGAUGAUAAAGUACGAAGGGUUUCAGACUGAACAGAGUGCAAAGAGUGUUAUAAUGUGUUACUCAUAAAAAUGCCAUCGAUUGUUCAUUGCACUCACUGCCAGACACAGUGUUGCUAAACUGUGGACCAGUUGUGCUUCUGAGCUGGCUGUCAGCAGCCUUGGUCUUUUUGGAGGAAAGAAGCAGUUGUAGACAGUCUGGUGCACUGUGCAGUCAGUCAGAUAACAAAAUCAGAUUAUAUUGGAUCUUAAUUCCACUGUUGAAUUUAAGGCAGCAGAAAUUAAGAUCAUCAAUGGACUGUCUGUAUUUUCGAAAGAGUAAGAAAAGUGUUAAAAUGGAUUUGUUCCAUAGAUACAGGAACUUCUUAUUGACUAUGACCUGUGUAGGUUUGUUUCUUGAUAAACUUUUUUGAGUGUUAAUGAUCUAUCAAAAAAGUCUCACAGCCUCUUUCGAUCUCCGCUUUCUUUGUUGUGUUGUAAAAACCAUUAAAUAACAUUGAGGGAACUUGUCUUUAGUAAGUGAAGAAUUUAAAAAAAAACUGUCAUCAUUUCUGUCUGUGUGGUUUAAACAGUGUGAUGGCUUGUGUCAUAGAGAAUGUGUUGAAUUUCUUUAUUAUGAGCUGCAGACUGUUCCCGUCCCUAUUUUUACAGGAAUGGGCAACUGACAUGCAAAAAAAACAAACAAAAAAAACCAA